AUGCCCUCUUUCUGCCCCGGAUCAGCGAAGAUCUCGCUUCCCAAUGUCCUCCAGACUGUCUUCUCUUCCGAGGUCGCUCCUCAGCUUCGCAAUCCGUUAAUGCGGCCUUUGAACCGAGCGUGUCUUUCUCUCCCACGCCACCAUCUCCUAGGCAGACGUACCGUCACCACUGUUCCCAUUGACUCCAUUCCUGUUCCUUCUGCCCAAAAGCCCAAAACGCCAGCGAUCACUCAGGACGAGCCUUCGGCCACCACCACCACCACCACCACCAGCAGCGACAAACCGGAUGCUUCAAACAAAAGCUCGAACAAAAAAUUCUCUACCAAAGCUAAGACAAGCGCCAAAGGUUCAAAUUUCGCACAUCGAACGAAACCCGAAUCAAAGUCAAUAAACAAAAAGAAAACAGGCGACCGCGAUUAUAAGAAAGAUUCCAAGAAAUCCGCAAAGAAAACCUCGACAAGCACCGGACCCAAGCCUCCCAGAAGACUUGAAGAAUGGGAGAUCCACAAAGAAGCCUUGAAAAAGAAAUUUCCGAACGGAUGGGCACCACUUAAGAAGCUUUCUCCUGAUGCUAUGGAGGGUAUACGUCACUUACAUCACAUCGCGCCUGACCAAUUCACGACCGCUGUCCUCGCAGAGGAGUUUAAGGUAUCUCCCGAAGCUAUUCGGAGGAUUCUGAAAAGCAAAUGGCGCCCCUCUGGGGAAGAGUUGGAGGAACGUCGGAAACGCUGGGAGCAGCGACAUGACCGAAUCUGGAGUCAUAUGGCAGAGUUGGGCUUGCGACCGAAGCUUCCAGACUAUCAGGGCGAUCCGGAGAAGAUGCUGUACAAACGAAAGCCAAGCCAGGUGUCUAGUGAGUCCUCGUGA